AGCCGCGGCCAAAUGGAACCGAGUGAGCGACCAGACUUUAUCACAGGAACAGGGCAUCCGAAUACCUACAGCACCCCUCCCGACGCUUUUUUCAAACCAUCUCACCUGCCGUGACUCUACGCUAGCCGUUAAAUGCAGUCUCAGAGCCUUAUCAGGUUGCGGUUGCUGCCAAAGACGCGGUGCCGGCCAUUGCACUUCCCGUCCCAGAGCAACUUAAGCACCAGACAGCACAGCACGCUUCCGCUCCCGCACCCGCGCCCGGGCCCGUCGUCGCAGCCACACAUCUUCCACGGCCACGGCCACCUCCCGUCCAUCCAAAACAUGCCGCCACAAUUCGGCCGUUCCGGCCAAUCGGAGGCCCGCACGCUGGCGUCACUUAGCGGGCCCCAGUCCAAUUCCACCCACACCCGGACCCAGACCCCUCCCCCUCCAUCUGGCAAUGGAUCGGGGGGAGCUGCCCAAUCUCCGAAUACAAAACCGCUGUCCACCCUGGCGAGACCAAACAUCACCACCGCCAUUUCCUCCGCCAGAACACAACAGAUUGCCCGGCAUCUCUCGUCGAGCUCAGUCGCAACUAUGGCUUCCCAGUACAGCAUCCGCAAGGUCGGCGCUCCCUACACCUUGGAGCACCGCGUCUACGUCGAGAAGGAUGGCGUCCCCGUCUCGCCCUUCCACGAUAUCCCGCUCUACGCCAACGCCGAGCAGACCAUCCUCAACAUGGUCGUUGAGAUCCCCCGCUGGACCAACGCCAAGCAGGAGAUCUCCAAGGAGGAGCUCCUGAACCCCAUCAAGCAGGACACCAAGAAGGGCAAGCUCCGUUUCGUCCGCAACUGCUUCCCCCACAAGGGCUACCUCUGGAACUACGGUGCCUUCCCCCAGACCUGGGAGGACCCCAACUCCAUCCACCCCGAGACCAAGGCCAAGGGUGACAACGACCCGCUCGACGUCUGCGAGAUUGGUGAGCUCGUCGGCUACACCGGCCAGGUCAAGCAGGUCAAGGUCCUCGGUGUCAUGGCCCUUCUCGACGAGGAGGAGACCGACUGGAAGGUCAUUGUCAUCGACGUCAACGACCCUCUUGCCUCCAAGCUCAACGACGUUGAGGAUGUUGAGCGUCACCUCCCCGGUCUUAUCCGUGCCACCAACGAGUGGUUCCGCAUCUACAAGAUCCCUGACGGCAAGCCCGAGAACCAGUUCGCCUUCACUGGCGAGUGCAAGAACAAGGACUACGCCAUGGACGUCGUCCGUGAGUGCAACGAAGCCUGGGAGCGUCUCAUCACCGGCAAGACUGCCCCCGGCGGUGUCUCUACCACCAACGUCACUGUCCAGCACUCCAACAGCCGUGUUGCCCCUGAGCAGCUUCCUCCUCUCCCCGCCAACGAGGAGCUCCCCCCUGCUCCCAUCGAUAGCUCCAUCGACAAGUGGUUCUUCAUCAGCGGUGCUUCCGCUUAGAGAGCUCAUUUGUUGAGAUAGAAUAAAGACAUCUUUUUUUGGCGCCUCGUUGUCUUGAUUAAUUCGUGAACCGCCCUCCAUGGGUUAACUGUUAUCCUCAUAUCUUUGUUUUGCGUAGAGUUGGACCCUGUUUCGAUAACAUGUGUCUGGAAUUUGGUGGUUGUAGGGUUCGUACUGUCAGAAAUGGGUCUUCUCUGAGGCUGUAGUCCGGGCCAUAGGAUAGGAACUUGUGGAGGAGAUGUUGACAUUCUCGCUCCAUGAGUUUUGCAGAUUCUAUGUAAAAGGGCGGUGGGUGAAUAGACCAUCGAAGAGCAAAACACGAUCCGCAAUAAGAGGCAGCCUUUUACCGUCACCAUGUCAACACCGGU